GACUCAUUGAGCUUUAAAAGCACCACCAUUAAAAGCCUGAAUUUAAAGAGCAGCUGUCUCUGAGAGACCGAUAUCUUUAUUAAAAUCAAAGCAAAUACACACAGACGCGCGCACACACUCUCUCCCUUUCUUUCUCCACACUAAUAUAAAUCUCUGCCUACUACAUCCCUACAAACCCACCAACAUUCUCACUCCACCACCUCUCAACUCAUUUUUAUUUUUUUAUUUUUAUACAUACAACAAAAUCAAUUUGCACAAAAAACUCAGCGCCAUGACUCUUCUCCUCCUCCUCCUUAUCUUUUUCAUUUCCCUCACUGUUGUCUCAGCCGGCGCCGGCGGUUCUGUUUCCGGAGAGAACCCAUUUACUCCGAAAGCCUAUUUGAGUCGUUAUUGGACCAAAGAGAUCCGAAACGAUCUGGCCAAGCCCGCCUUUCUGCUAUCCAAGGCGUCCCCAUUGAGCGCGGUGGACUCGGUUGGUUUCUCCAAACUCGCCGCGCAGAACGAUCUCUCCUCCCACCUUCCGGUAUUCUGUGCCGCUGCGAACCUGCUCUGCUUCCCCGAUUUAUCACCGAGUUUGGAGAAGCACGACAGAGACUCGAGCUUUACCGGGUACUCGAACCGGAACUUCACUAAUUACGGUUCCGAUCGGGUCGGCGGGGCAGACUCCUUUAAGAAUUACUCCAAGGACGAGAACAUCCCGGUGGACUCGUUCCGCCGGUACAGCCGAGACUCGACAGGCCAUAAGGACAAUUUUGUCAAUUACGGCUCGAACGGAAAUGUGGUGGAUGAGAGCUUCAACAGCUAUGCCACAGGGGCUACUGGCGGUUCGGGCGAGUUCACCACGUACGCCGACUCAGUCAACGUACCUAACCUCCGGUUCACCUCCUAUUCGGACGACUCCAAUGGCCGGGGCCAGUCAUUCAAGGCCUACAGUGUAAACGCAAACGCUGGUGACCAGAGAUUCGCCAGCUAUGGGAAGAACGGCAAUGCGGCUGUUAACGAGUUCAACAACUAUGGGACGAGCUCAAAUGUAAUCGGAUCGGGAUUCUCAGGUUAUGGACAAAAGGGCAAUGCUGCCAACGAUACGUUCAUCAAUUACGGGAACGACCAGAACAAUCCGCAGAACACCUUCAAGAACUAUGCCGAAGGAGGUAAUUUUGCCGUCGAUACCUUCACGAAUUACAGAGAGAACGCCAAUGUGGGUGACGAUUCGUUCCAGAGUUAUGCCAGGGAUACGAACUCGGCUAAGGUCAAUUUCGCCAAUUACGGCAAAUCCUUCAACAUCGGCACGGACAAAUUCAGUCGGUACGGGCGGGGCGCCGACAAAUCCAUCGGGUUCAAGAUCUACGGCGUGAACACCACUUUCAAGGAAUACGCGAAAAAGGGUGUCGCAUUUGCCAAGUACACCAAUGUGAGCUCAGAGAAGAGUACUAUAAUGGGGGUUAGUGGCAAUCUCGUAAAAAGAUGGGUGGAGCCGGGCAAAUUCUUUCGGGAGUCGAUGCUUAAGAAGGGGAAUGUGAUGCCAAUGCCGGACAUUAGAGAUAAAAUGCCCAAAAGGUCGUUUUUGCCCCGAUCGAUUUCGUCAAAAUUACCGUUCUCGACCUCGAAGAUCUCGGACCUGAAGCGGAUUUUCCACGCGGGUGAUAAUUCCAGUAUGGAGACCAUGAUUGUGGACUCGCUAAACGAGUGCGAGAGGGCUCCGAGCCAGGGCGAGACCAAGCGGUGCGUGGGCUCGGCCGAAGACUUGAUCGACUUCGCAACCUCGGUCCUGGGUCGCAACGUCGUUGUUCGCACUACCGAGAACGUAAAAGGGUCGAAGCAGAAUAUACUGAUCGGAUCAGUCAAAGGAAUCAACGGUGGAAGAGUCACGCAAUCAGUCUCUUGUCACCAGAGCCUAUUCCCUUACUUACUAUAUUACUGCCACUCGGUCCCAAAGGUCCGGGUCUACGAAGCGGACAUACACGACCCGAGUUCUAAGGCCAAGAUUAAUCAUGGCGUUGCCAUCUGUCACGUAGACACCUCAGCAUGGAGCCCGAGUCACGGAGCUUUCUUGGCUCUGGGUUCGGGUCCUGGCCGGAUCGAGGUUUGCCACUGGAUAUUCGAGAACGACAUGACCUGGACUGUCGCAGAUUAAAGAAAGUUGUAGUUUUAACUUUUAAUUGAGAAGGUGGUGUGUUGGAAUCGGUGGCUUAGAAAGCUUAGCUGCCGUUUAGAUACCAAGUUGAUUUAUUUAAGCCAUAUCUAAGUUAAGGCUGUUCAGCUUUGAUAGGAAAA